GGGAGCCGGCGAGGAGCUGGCGUCGCCGCGCGGCGCCUCCGCCACCGCCAGUCGGGCUCCAACCCACCUCCUGGCAGGUCACUCGUGCUCUGUCUGCGGCCGACUCCCCCCGUCCUCAAGAGCAGGUUUAGGAAGAAAAGUCACGUGAUCAAACAUGGCGGACGAUGAGGCAAAGAAAGCCAAACAGGCUGAAAUCGACCGCAAGCGCGCAGAAGUGCGCAAGCGGCUCGAGGAGGCAUCUAAAGCCAAGAAGGCUAAGAAAGGUUUCAUGACUCCAGAGAGGAAGAAGAAACUGAGGUUACUGCUGAGAAAGAAAGCAGCUGAAGAACUGAAGAAAGAACAAGAAAGGAAAGCAGCCGAGAGGAGGAGAAUCAUUGAGGAGCGGUGUGGCAAACCAAAGAAUGUUGAUGAAGCCAAUGAAGAUACAGUUAAGCGUGUGCUCAAGGAUUAUCACGCUAGAAUCCAGAAGCUGGAAGAUGAAAAGUUUGAUCUGGAGUAUGCAGUUAAAAAGAAAGACUUUGAGAUUUCCGAUCUGAACAGCCAAGUAAAUGAUCUCCGAGGAAAAUUCAUGAAGCCAACACUCAAGAAGGUGUCCAAAUAUGAAAACAAGUUUGCCAAGCUGCAGAAGAAGGCUGCAGAAUUCAACUUCAGAAACCAGCUCAAAGUUGUCAAAAAGAAAGAAUUCACCCUUGAGGAAGAGGACAAGGAGCCCAAGAAAUCCGAGAAGGCAGAGUGGCAGACGAAGAAAUAAGUUUAGGGAUAUAUACCAAUAACACAUUUCAUAUCCUCAUUCAGUGACAUCCAGUAAAUGUAAUUUAUGUUUUGUGAUGUUCCCAAAUAUGAACAACUGUAUCUGAGAUAAACUCUAAAGCUGAUUCUUUUUGAAGUUUUGUACAUAAGUUCACUUAAAGCUCAGAACAUUGGGACCUAUGUUAUCUAAAGAUUUUUAAAUGCAAUAAAUUCUUAUAGAAAUUUUAAGCAUUUCUGCUUCAAAAUAACUACCACCCUGAAUUUUAAAAUAAUGGACUUUUUACACAUAUGCCAUGAUAAAUUCUUUUUUACACUUUGCAAUGUUUUUUGGUAAUAUUUUUUUCCUUUGUGUAGUUGAUGACAUGUUUCCAGGAAUGGUGUACUUAACUGUCAACUGUGGUUUUUGCCAUCAUCACAAGUUUUGAUAUUUUGUCCUUUUAUUAUUGUGAAGAAGAUUUUCAAAACAUUUUCAUGUUAAUUUUUUUUUCUGUACUUGUGAUGUCCUGUGAGUUUUUUCUUGUGAAACGUCUGCCUGUAUCUCUUUUUUCCAAAUUUUGUGUUGUAGCUCAUCCAUCGUAGUGAAACAAUAUUCAGUAGUUCGUAGUUUUAACAUACUGAAUGCAUUUUAAUACGUAUUUUUGAGCACUAAAUUUUGAUUUUCAAUUUUUGUGGGAUCAAAUUCACUUUUAUUUUGGUCCUAACAUAUACUUUCAUAUUGCACUUGCUCCUCUCAGUACAAUAGGAAAUAACUCCCCAGCAUACAGCCUUUUAUUCAUUACAAUACUUAGGAACACUUCUGAUUUUCUACCAAUUCACAAAAGGACCUGCAGUUAUAACCAUUAAAGGAG